CCGCAAAAGACCAGAAGGCGGAGCCAAAAGGGAGUGGGGGAUGGGGGUGCUGCUGGGUCCGUCUUUCCCCUGCCGUGUCCCCUUUUCUCAGCUCGGCGCAGACGCCAUGUUGGUUUGAAAGGAAGAUGACAAGAGGCGGCUGCAGGAGUAGAGGCGGCGGUGGGCGGCGAAGGGUACCCGGGAACGGCUCGCGCUGAGGAAAACAAGAUACGCAGUUUCUCUUCACCCUUUUCCUCGCUUAUUUUCUCCGUUCCGGCUCUGAGGGAGACCAGAGAAGGGCAAGCAGCCUCGCCGCGUCAGCUGUGGGGGGUUUCCGUUAACCGUCUGCUGCUGAGGGAGCCCUUUGGACGAGGGAGAGGAAGAGGUGGAGAAGGGACUGGCAAAAGAGGAGCAGGAGCGGCGGCGAUGAUGAGCGCAGAGACCUGAGGAAGGAGAGGCGGAGCGGGGCGGCGAGCGCUGUUCCUGCUAGAGGCGACUGCAGUUUAAAUCCCCCCUUGAGCUGCUGCUGCUGCAGUUUGAGGGGGGAGAGUGUUGCUUCUUUUGUGUUCCCCCUCCUUUCUCUGCUGUUUGGUUUUUUUGCUAAAUAUUACAAAGCUUUUAAGAAAGACCUGUAAGAAGACGAGGAGAACCCUCUCCCCCGCCUCCUCUCUCUAGUCUCCUGACCCCUGCUUUACUCUGAGGAUUGGGAAGAGGACGAAAGAAGCCCUCGAACAACUUCGGCUCCAGAAAAUAGAGGAAGGUCGCUUUACUUCUCUGAGUGCCUGCCGCUCGUUUUAAUGAGGAGGUGACUCGGGCGCCAAACUAUCCUCUGAAUCAUCCUCGUCAUUCAUUAUUGGUCUAGGCUGGAGAGGAAGAGAGCCUGUACACAAUUCAUGUCCUUGUAUAUUUCUGUCUGGUGUGCCUGGCACCACUGGCGUUGGUGUUUGUGCUGCUGAGGACAAGGAUCUGCUGCCAUCUCUGGUUUCCCUGGUGUUUCCUCUCUAAUCGAGCCUUUUAACACCAGUUCCUCUUGGAUUUUUUCUCUCCAAUCCACAAUUUCCUUUACUGCAGGUCAGGUCACACACUUUUAUUGGGCGAAAAGAAAUCUCAGGACUUAACAGACGCACACCUAAGAUUGGUUAGCUGGAAGAUCUUCUUGCUGUACGUUAUUGGCUGGCUUUUUUUUUUUUUAAAAAAAAUCUUAUUCUGUACUUUUUGAAACAAUCAGGGUACUAUCAAGAUGUCUAGCACUGUUCCAUCUGAUAUGUUUUCCCCCUGUGGUGAGCGCGCUUUGAUAAAUUUGCGCCUCAUUUUGGUAAGCGGAAAAACAAAAGAAUUCUUGUUUUCGCCAAAUGAUUCGGCAGCAGACAUUGCAAAACAUGUAUAUGAUAAUUGGCCAAUGGACUGGGAAGAAGAGCAAGUGAGUAGUCCAAAUAUUCUGCGGCUUAUUUAUCAAGGACGGUUUCUUCAUGGUAAUGUGACACUAGGAGCAUUAAAACUUCCUUUUGGCAAGACGACAGUGAUGCAUUUGGUGGCUAGAGAGACGUUGCCAGAGCCAAACUCUCAAGGUCAGAGAAAUCGUGAAAAAACUGGAGAAAGCAAUUGCUGUGUGAUCCUGUAAAAGCUCUGCUGUAUCUGCUACUUGUGAUGUAUAAUAGUUUUCGUCUUUCAUGCUGCUGGACUAGAUGAGACCAACAUUACUUCAAAUACCAUUAGGACAAGCCUAUCUGAAUCCAUUGAACUGAAAUACUACAUGAACACUGUCACAUUUUUUUUUCCUAGAACAAUGAACACUUUUUUAUUUCUACUUUUUAGGUUGUUGAACAAGCUUAUUAAUACGUCACUUCUUCACUUCUCCAGUGCAUUCUGCUCCAAGAAAAGGUUAACAGUUCCCUUCAACAGGAGUCGUUUUGCUGCCAUAAAAUCAUCCUAAACUUGAACUUUAACCAAUCAAGAUUUCUAGAUGCAAUUUGCACUAAAAACGGUUGACAAUAUAUAAACCUCAUCAGCAAAAGCUCUUAAGUAUUUCAAACACAGAGAAAUGAAUCAGCACUGGAAAAUACUAUCAGCAAUCUUUUUCUGAAAUUCAGUAAUGGUCAACUGAAAGGGGGAAAAAUAAGUACUAAGUAAAUUCUACCUAAGUCAACCUUAGUGGCCAAACUGGCACAAAAUACUAACUAAAAUUGUCUGACUAUAGACAUAGAUAUAUUUUCACUGCAACAAACUAUGUGCCUGUAAUUUUAAAGCACUCUGUAGAGGGCUGUUGAAACUGAUUUUUUUCAUUGAUAUGCACUCUUCUAUCGUAUAUUAGUUGAGUGUUUGUUUAGACAGCACAAAUAAGUGCAGAGAGUGCAUUUCCUAGCCUUAAUAUGGGAGGGGCAAUUUCCUGUAGUUCAUAGGCUUUUAUUAAUGUGCAUAAAUAUUAGAAGACCUCAUUUACUAAUCAAUUUUAUGUCUUUGAAUAUCAAAAAUUAAUGUUUUUCAAUCAUUCUUACUCAUCUGUACCUUAGUGUCCAGUGUCAUGCUUACUCAUUAGUGACUUCAAAGGAAUAAUUAAAAGAAAAAAAGAAAAAAAUAUGAUGAGAUUUUGUUUGUUUAUGUUAUGUGCAUUUGGUAUUAGUGCUUGCAAUUGUAUUGGAAAUCAAAAACUGGUUUUUAAAAGCAUACAUAUUUAGAAAGGAUGUUUACUUCAUAUAAUUUAAAAAAUGAUAUGCUAAAAAAAUGCACAGCACUAAAGCAUGAGUUAGCUUCAUCUAACCCUGUAAAAAAAUAUAAAAGAUUUUAUAUUUUUCCACUAGGGAGAAAUUCUUCCUAGUUGAAAUUACAAAUGUGUAGAAUAUAUUUAAUAAAAAUCUUAUAAAAACAUAACUAUAGAACUUAAAUAUAGAUUGGAGAGUAGAAUAAUACAACAAUAAUCCAUAUAAAUAGCUCUAGGCUUUAAAAAAAAUUGCAGGUUGACAUUGUGUUCUGUACUUGAGUCCACAGCCCUUACAAAUGUUCUGUGUUUUUUGAAUGAUCAACUUCAUUUAAAUGUAAUCAGGUUGUUUUAUUCCAUGUUAUUGCUUUGACAAAAUGCUUUAUAUGCAGUAGGCCUACAAAGAUAUUGUUCAUAAUGAUCAAAAUUAAAUUUGUAUAGAGCAGAGUUUUAAAACAAAUUGUAAAUAGCACUAAACAUUUUCUUUCUGCAACCUGUACUGAUAAAUUCUUCUCUAAACUAAAUAAAAGAAAAAUAUUGUAGUG